AUGAGGAGGGCUGAGGUACAGGAGACGCCUAGGGGCGAGGCGGGGGCUGCUGCGGUGGAAAGGGGAAGCGUCGCAGCGGCGACUGCAUCGGUGGAGGUGGUGAGAGAAGUGGCUGCAGCCGCGGAGGUGCCAGCGGAGGCUGCGACGACAUUGGGGCGGGCUGGCGGAACUGUCGCCGCUUUUGGCGGCGGCUCAACUUCACCUUCUGCCAACCACCAGGGGGCACAACAGCAGACGCUGGAGCUGGGUCUGGCGGUGGAUCGGGAACCGUCCGAGGCGGUGGCGUUGUCUGCGUCACCAGCGCCGGUACCGGCGGCGGUGUUGGCUGCGGCGAUGACUGCUGUGACCGCGGCAGGGAACCUGGCCGACGCCCCGAUCGAGGGGGAGGUAUCGGUGGCCGCUGUGAGCGCCGGAACGUCUGCUGCUGCCGAGGGCGCAGACACGCAGGAGCGCGAUCAGGCGGCGAGCGGAAGACGGGGUCACGGGACCGGCGCCCCUGGACGCGCCGCUCGCGGGAAGGGCGGGAGGAAGCUCCGUGCCCAGCCAGCGCCGAGGCGGCCCGGAGCAGGGCUGGGGCCUGGCGCCCCGGGUCCCCUCCGGGGCUGGAGUUGGGACUGGCGAGACAGACACACUCACCGUGGAUCCCGGCGGGACGCGCGCCACAGGCCGGGCGAGGGGGACGGAACGACGAGAGCCGGAUCGGGGAAGGAGCGCCGAUCCGUGGGGCCCGAGGCGGAGGACGCGGGGCAAGAGGUGGAAGAAGGGGCGGGGGCGCAAUCGUCGGCGGAAGGGAGGCGCUUGUGA